AAAAAAAAAAAGCUGCGGAAAAGUGGCAGCGUUUUAGAAAAAUGGGGAAAAGUGGGAAUUCCUCCAGCUGAGCGUGAGCGUGUUUCCGCUUCUUCAGCUGUCUCCAGGAACUUCUGAACGACUUUCUUCACCGUGAAAAGCUUCGGGAUGAUGGUGUGUGUGUGAGCUCCUGUGGAUCCAGUUCAGAGUGGAGUGUGUGUAGAAAUCCUCUGGCAUGGAGCAGGACGACUUUCCUCCUCCUCCUCCUGAUGUCCUAGACGAGGAAGAAGAAGGAGAAAGUUUUGAAUUUGAUGACGAAGCCCCCGAGUCCGAGCGUCCUCCCUCCUUCCCUCCUGCUCUGGAUGGCGACUCAUCUCUACGAGGCGUCCCGGUUCUGGAGGACGCAGAGGCUGAUCUCCCGCCUCCACCGCCUCAGACCUGCCCCUCUGCUCCACACUCUGACUUCCCUCCACCUCCUGAUGAGAGACAAAUCCAGUACGAUGCUGAUAAGGAGCUUCCUCCGCCUCCAGAGGGCGCCGAUACACAAGGAGGGAAUCCUGGUUCCCGACCCAAAGUCAACCCCUACUCCGUGAUUGACAUUUCCCCCGAGAGCCCGCCUCUGUUUUCUUGCUCAGCCAAUGGGAAUGAAGGCGAUGCCCAGGAAGUACCCAGCAGCCCCGGGGUGCCCUCUGGAUACUCUGUACCUGUGCCCUGUGGCUACGCCACACCCUCCAGCGUCCCCAUCUUCACCCCCGCCUACAUCACACCCGUCAUCAUCCGACACUUCUCAGUAGACGAAGAAGUGACGGUUAUGGGGGCGGGGCCUACUUUGACUGACAGCGUCUUCACUGAGGAACAUCCAGCCAUAAAGGAGGAAGACGCUCUGGCUAAGUGGGCCUCGGACCCUGCUAACACCGCCUGGAUGGAGAAUCCAGAUGAAGUUAUUUAUGACGACGUUCCCAGAGAGAAUUCGGGAUCCACUACAGACGUGGAUGAGAUGAUCUAUGAUGAUGUGGAGCUGGGUGAGGAGGGAGGCAGCAGUUCCGUGGAGAACGGCUGGAGCUCCAGUGAGUUCGAGAGCUACGACGAGGAGAGUGAUGGAGAGAGUGGCCACGGAGAAAAUGGCCUCCUGCCCAACGCCUUCAUCCGCCGACACACACCCAGCACCAAAACACACCUCUCUCAAGAUCUGAGUCGCUUGAAAGAGCACUAUGAGCGAAAGGUGAAAGAUCUCAUGGCGAACGCAGUGGGCGGGGUCGAGCUGCAGCAGCUCAGACACAAACAUGAGCAGAAGAUGCAAAAGCUGGUGAGAGCGGCCAAGCACGGCACCAAAGAUGGUCUGGAGAAGACCAAAGCGGCAGUGAAGAAGGGAAAGUCCUUCAUUAGAACCAAGUCUUUCGGACACGAGAGGAAGUCGUCAUGUUUUGAAGAAGAGCCAUCCGAAUUCUUCAUCGAGGUUGAGUGUUUAAAUGUGGAGCCUGUAUUAGGCCCCGCCCCCGAGGGCCUCACUCAACAGCAGGUGGUGAGGAGAUGUAUUCUGGAAUCAAUAUUAGAGAGUGAGAAGAAUUAUUUAGAGUCACUGAAGAGAAUAUUAGAGCAUUACGAGAAGCCCCUGCAGGAUCUGGAACCUCGGCUGCUGAGCGAGAGGAAGUGUAAGGUGGUGUUUUACCGCGUGAGGGAGAUCCUGCAGUGUCACGCCAUGUUCCAGAUCGCCCUGGCCAGCCGGGUGGCAGACUGGGACCAGCUCCAGACCAUCGGGGACGUCUUCGUCGCCUCCUUCUCCAAGUCCAUGGUUCUGGAUGCGUACAGCGAGUAUGUCAAUAACUUCAACACGGCCAUGGCGGUGGUCAGGAAGGCCUGCGCCUCCAAACCCUGCUUCCUGGACUUCCUCAAGCAGCGUCAGGAGUGCAGUCGAGAUCACGUCACGCUCUACGGCCUCAUGAUGAAACCCAUCCAGAGAUUCCCACAGUUCAUUCUGCUCCUGCAGGACAUGUUGAAGAACACGCCGGUGGGCCACGCUGACCGCUUGCCCCUGCAGAUGGCCCUGACCGAGUUGGAGACUCUGUCUGAGAAGCUGAACGAGAGGAAGAGAGAAGCAGAUCAGCGCUGUGAGAUCAGACACAUCGCCAAGGCCAUGAGCGAGCGCUACCUCAACAAGCUCCUGAGUGUCGGUAGCAGGUAUCUGAUCCGCUCGGACGAUGUGGUGGAGACGGUGUACAACGAGCGAGGAGAGAUGGUCAAGACCAAAGAGCGCCGACUUUUCCUGCUUAAUGACGUGCUCAUGUGUGCCACGCCCAACCUACGCUCUCCUCAGGAUGGUGGAGGUGCCGUGGUUCCUUCAGGCCAGCGUUUCCUGCUGAAGUGGAGCGUUCCUCUCAGCCUGGUGGAGCUGGUGGAGUUCGGCUCUUCGGAGGAGAUGGGAGACUCCGCCCCUUUCCCCGCCCCUCACUCCGGGGAGAAGGUGGUGAUCAAUGCCAAGCCAAAUAAGUUGUACGUAGGUCCGGGUCAGCUGUAUCAGGACCUGCAGAACCUGAUCCAUGACCUCAGCCUCGUCAAUCAAAUCUCCACCAUGAUCAGCAGCCUCAAGGGCAACUACCAGAAUGUCAAUGGAGCAGUAGCUCAGGACUGGAUCUCGGGUCUUCAGCGUCUUAUCCUGAAGAAAGAGGAGGAGAUUAGAGCUGCUGAUCGCUGUCGCAUCCAACUUCAGCUACCUGGAAAACAGGACAAAUCGGGUCGUCCCACCUUCUUCACGGCCGUCUUCAACACCCUGACCCCGUCCACCAAACAGGCCUGGAUCACCAACCUACAGAUGGCCAAGCUGGCUCUCGAGGAGCAUAACCUCCAGGGCUGGUUCAUCGCAGAUGACGACGGGAAUCAGAUUAAGAAGCAGAAACAUCCUCUGCUGCUGAAGCACCUGCCCGUGGUCAUGUCCAGACUGCAGGAGUUUAAAGUGGAGUGUGCGGUUCAUAACCCAGAGCCUCACGUUAACAGCGAGAGCACGGCGGACGUACCAGUGGUGGGACAUGGCUGUGUUUGGGUUGCGAGCUGCACCAAUCAGAUGGCUCAGAUCGCCGUAGUGGCCAUGCAGAACUCCAGCCCGAAGGUGACUGAGUGUUUCAACGUGGAGUCACGGAUCCUCUGCAUGACCUACGUACCCGUGGACGAGCCCCUGGAGGAUGGAGAGGGGAACCCCGAGCCCCGAAGCUGCACCACACCCACCGUGUGCGUGGGGACGGAGGAGGGCAGCAUCUCUGUCUAUAAGAGCAGUCAGCGAUCCAAGAAGGUUCGACUGCAGCACUUUUUCACGCCUGAUAAAGUCGCCGUGACGUGUUUAGUGUACAAGACUCCGUUUCUGUACGCCGGCCUGGUCAGCGGCUCCCUCGCCGUCUACUCACGAGCUCCAGACGGUUCAUGGGACUCCUCCAGCGUGCGGUCACUGAAGCUUGGUGUGCUGCCGGUGAAGGCCCUGCUGGCCGUCGGGGAGUGUGUGUGGGCGUCGUCAGGAGGACACGUCUUCGUCAUCGAUGCUCGAACACACACUGUGGAGCACCAGCUGGAGGCGCAUCAGGAGGAGGGAAUGGUCGUGUCCCAAAUGGUGGCAGCUGGAGUGGGCAUCUGGAUCGCUUUCAGCUCAGGUUCCACACUCCGCCUGUUUCACACUGAGACACUGGAGCACCUGCAGGACAUCAACAUCGCUACAGCUGUCCACAACAUCCUCUCAGGUCAUCAGAGGGUCUCUGUGAGCAGCCUGCUAGUGUGUCACGGGUUGCUGCUUGUGGGGACGAAUCUCGGGGUGACAGUGGCUCUGAGCGUCCCCCGACUACAGGGCAUCCCCAAGGUCACAGGACGAGGUAUGGUGUCCUUCCACGCUCACCACAGCCCUGUAAAGUUCCUCAUCAUGGCGUCUCCCGUACAGAACACCAUUCCCAGCAUCAGCGACUCUCCCGGUCAGCAUGCUCCUGCUCCGGAAGAGGACGGAGCUCCCGAAGGAGACGGCGUCCACCCAAUCCCAAUCCGCCAGGACUCGCUCUCGUCCUCCCGCAGCUCCCUGGAGCACGGCCCAGAGGACGGCGCCAUCUACGACCUCCUCAGUGACCCAGCGCUCUCCCAGAACACCAAGCGCAACACGCAGCGGUCGAACCUCAGCUCGGUGCUGGUGCUGUCCGGCGGCUCGGGCCACAGAAAAAUCAACAGGAAGAGCAAAGCGGCGCGACACGAAGAAAACAUGCCCACGGUCAUGGUGUGGCAGAUCCCUGUGUCUGAUGCGUGAGACAGGAUGAUGAUGAGUAUGAUGAUGAUGAAGAAGAGGAGGAUGAGGAGGAGGAUGAUAUUUCAUGGCCUGAUGUAAUCCCUGUGUGUUUCGGAGACGCUCCCCUCCUCCGUACGCGUCUUCAGGCUCUACAGCAUGGUGUUAACUCUGACAGAAAGGGAAACAGAAAGAGGACGAGCUGAACGAUCGAACCCUCUGCUCACUCCAGCACCGUGUGUGUGUGUCACCAGUUUGGGUCACCAGUGGGAUCUGGUGUGAUAACAGACUCUUAAUGGACGACUUACUUGAAACGGCUCUUCAUGGGAAUUUAAGUCACCGCAACGCCACUCAACUCUUCUUUUUUUGUUGUUUUUUGAAGCCUGUGCUAACUGAAGUAACACUGCUAAUGCAAAGGUUUCUAUUCCUCUUCAGCUGCUGUGUGCUUAAAAUUCUUAAUUUCACUUGAUUUUUUUAUAGAAAAACACCCUGAAAUAUUUUACCCUUGUAGUCUAAAAAAAUCGGAAUAUUUAGGUUCUUAGGUUUGUGAUGAGUUUAAUUUUGGUUCCUAUGGGAAGCGAAGUUUACUGAAGACGACGUGAUGCAAAGAAAAUCGGAACGUUUUGCUGUUAAUAGGCAAAUCUCCCAUCCGAUUUUUAGUGCCUUUCUGUUGUAGCAAAUGCUUUUUAAAAAAUAAAUAAAUAAAUAAUAAUAAAUAAAAAUUAUAAAAUUUGCUGCCUCGAGUCAUAGAGAAAAAAAGAAGGAAAAAAAGUUCCUUGGAUGGAAAUGUAGCUAUCGUCACGUCUGUAAAAUGACAACCAAAAAAAAAAAACAAAAAAACUAAAGAAAUAUACCAAAAACUAUUUAAAACACGUUGCCUUCUUACCAAAUAAAUAAAUAAAAAUUGGGGUGAAAUUAUAUUUCUUCACUGAUUCUCUCAGCACCUCCCCUUUUUUCUUUUUCUUUUUUUUUUUUAAGGAAAAAAUCCCGGAUGGAAUUCCUGGCUGGCCAGAAUUCCGACUCCAUAAUAAAAUAAACAUGGACUGGAUGGAUUUUAUUCGACACCAGAGGGGUGUUUUUAUUUCAUUCAGAUUAAAUGAAUUCAGCCACAUUUGGGUGUUUGAUACGGCGGGUGAAGAAAAGGAAGCUUUAUAAGAAGUCAGUAUCUGUUUCUACUGUUUUUUUUGUGUGUUUUGGUUUUAACAGAUCUUAAUAAUUAUGCCACUUUUGUUUCCUAACAUGUAAUAAUCCUGUUUUACUGAAAAAUUUGGAUUUUGUUUUGUUUGUUCACUCUGUAGUAGUUGCAGACGGAUGGGGAGACGACUCGUCUGAAAUGGAAAAUGUCUGGGACUUUACCUUCACACUAGCGAGUCACUGUUGAUGUUUGUGGGCGUGGCCUGUACAGUUUUUUUUUACAAGAAUAAUGAACUAACCUGCUAAUCAGAGUGAUUAAAAAAAAUCUAAUGCUAAAAAAAAAUGAUUUAAUUGUGAUUUAUACAUGAAGCUAAUCCGUAUACGUUACGUGCUAAUCGUUUGAUUUGAAUGCUAGUUCCCAGAUUAGGAUUAAAUUAGCAAAGGAAACACAGAUACAGAUACUUACCAAGAAUACUUGCCUUCAUUUUUGUCUCUAAACACAGGAAUGAGUAUAUAUAUAGUAGUAGCAGUAUAGCAGUAUAUAUAUACUGCUGAUAUAAUAAUAAUAAAUAACUUUAUUAUUUAACAUUUUAAUGUUAUUGAAAAAUUAUAAAUAAAAUAAAUAAAGAAAAAAAAUUAUCAGUGUUUGACAAUAAAAUUCACAAAGUACCAGCAGUAUAAAAUUAUCGAAAAAAUUUUCUAUUUGUGCUGUUUUGAAAAAAAAAAAAAAAGUGAAAGUCUUCUGGAUGUUUCCAUCCAAUUGGACUUUUUUUUUAUUUUAAAAUAAAGAUAUCUUUAGUUGGAAAUGUAGCUAGGGAGAUAAAAAGGAAAGUCUAUAAAAAUUUGUUUUAAAAAAUCUGUUUUUUAAAUUUCUAGAUCUAAGUACAAUACAAUUUUUAUUAUUUAUAAAAAAUCACAAAUUAGUGUAGAUUGAGUACAAAAAUUCGGCAUCAAAUCAGAUGCAUCCAGUUUUCAGUUGAAUAUCUUAUAUAUCAAAUUUAAAUUUUUAAGUAGAUGUUUUUAUAUAAAUUUAUAUCAGACAUCAGAAAAAAAAACUACUUUGUUGUUUUUAUUCUAUUUUUUGUGUAAAUUAUAUGCAAUAAUUAAUUGCGGGUAGAAUUGAAAGUUUUUGAGCGUUGAACUGAGCGUUCGGAAUGUUUAACUCAAGAAGAAUUCCAGAAGAUCUCGAUUGAAACAUCGAAAACCAUCUACCGCUUUGUCACUCGCUAGUGUGAAGGUAGAGUGAGGCACGUUUCAUGAUCCCGAGGAGUUUGAAGGGAAUUAAACGUGGAUGUCGAAAAGGGUCAGAGUUGUAUUAAACCAAAAAGAGGGAAAUGUGAAGCUCUAUCACUCCUGUAGUUCUCAUUUUCUCCUCAUUCGUCUGAUGGCACUGAAGUCUUGUGAUGUGUAACAGCAAGUUUUGUUUUUUUUUCUCAACAGAAUUUCACUCGCACUAAUCUCGAUUUAGGUUCAUUAUAGGAUUAGCUUAGCUUUAUUCACUCCAGUGGCAUCAAAACAUGUUAAACUUCUAUUCAGAGUCAUUUAAAAACCCUGAUUUUUCGAUUUUCCUUUUCAUCGUUUUAUUCUGUCUGGAGCGAGUUUGUAUUUUUUGCAUAACGGAUUUGAACGAGCUGUUGCCCGGAGCGCAUGAAGUAACGAUCGUAAAGUAAAGAAGCGGCUUGUAAUUACAGCUUGUGAAGUACGGCUCUACUCGCCUCCUUCUCCUCUGUGAGUCAGACGAAAGCUUGUCUUUGAUGCUGACAAAACAAGACCUGUGUACCGUUAUGUGUUAAAGAUAUAUUGUGACGCAUUAAUAAGUAAAGGUCUGUGUUUUGACUUAAAGAGA